AUGAAUGAUGAUAAUUCUACCAACCUAGACAGUAUAGAUGUGAAAGAAUCACCGAAAAAUGGACUUACUUCACACAACAAUAAUAGUUAUGAGCAGUUAGUUUCAACUGAUACAGAUGAUGAUUAUUUAAGAAGUGAUGAUGAUGAAGAUGAUAUUGGUCCAGUAAAUGAAGAAUCAGUGUCCUCACAUUUACCUGGAAUAGCAAAUCUUGGAGAUCAUGCUAAAUAUUUCACCAACUCAAUUUUACAAGCAUUAGAUUCUUCAGACUUGGAUAAAUCUUUAGUGACAGAAGCACAAAUAAGUGGUAAUUUGAAUAACGAAAAUCAAAAACUAAUCGAGAAAAAAUCACAAUUACAAGAAAAGUUAAGAACAUUGCAAUCAUUAUUUGAAAAAAAUUUCACACCUGCUGAAGAUUCAAAGUUAAGUAGAAUGGAUAAAUUGAAUAAUGACAUUCAACAUUUGGAGAAACGAAUUACCAAAUUAAAAAAUGGUGAUACGAAAUCCUAUGUAGUACCAUUCAUGAAGCUGAAGAAAAACCUUGGUAUAAUUGAGAAAUUCCCAAUAGAGUAUUAUCAAGCUACAGAUAAAGUAUUAGAUCGUCAAUCAUAA